UGUUACUGAGAAAAUAGGAAAAAUGUCAUAAGAUGGUGAAACGAUGCACAUUUGACCUGAUGAGUGGACAUUUUCAUGGAAGGCGGAGCGGAGGACCUGCAGAAAAACGUGUCCCUGAUGCCAGAAAAUCUCUACAUGAACGAGCCAGACAAAGACUUCCUCUGGAUCAAAGAGACUCCUCCUGCAGUCUCUCACACAGAUGUCUCCAGGUCCAGACGAUGGUUGUGGCCGGUUCUGACAGCUGCUGUCGUCCUGGUUCUGAUCAUAGUGCUGGGAGUGUGCUACACUAAGACAUCACGUCGUCUGUGGACAGCGGAGCAACACGUUACCAACCUGAGUGUUGUCAUCCAAUCACUGAACGCCUCGCUGCAACAUGCUCAAGAUAUCGCUAAAGAAGUUCAUCGACUGCAGUUCACUGUGGACAACCACAAGGACCAGCUCACCUCAGUGUCGGAGGCUCUGAAGCAGCUGUCGGGGGUGGAGUCACUCAGCAAGAGCGUCGCCUUGCUCAGAUGUUACCUUGAACAAGUCAUCAACAACAGAUCAGCUGCGGACGGCUGUUGUCCUCAGGGCUGGAAACAGUUCGACAACAGCUGUUACUUCUUCAGCAGUUUGUUUCUGCCAUGGAACGACUCGAGAGUGUGGUGCGAGAGACAUGACGCUCACCUAGUCAUACUCAACACGGACAAGGAGUGGGACUUUGUGACCAGCGAAGCGGUUCACAAAGACUUCUGGGUCGGCCUUAGCGACUGGAGAACAGGAGCGUGGGAGUGGGUGAACCAGACUCCGUACAUCAUGGAACACAGGCGCUGGGUCCCCGGGCAGCCCGACGCCUGGACUGAUCACGGCCUCGGCCACGGAGACGAGGACUGCGCUCACCUGCGCUGGAGCGGACGCCUCAACGACCUGCACUGCUCCACUCAGAUGCGCUUCAUCUGCCAGAAGCGUGGCAUCAGGACACCAAGCGGGACUGCCUCCUGACUCCGCCCACAUGUGUUGAACUCCCAGUUUCAGAUGAAACGUUGCAGAUGAGCUUGUGUCGCAAAGUCUGAAGACAAAAAUAAACCAUAAGAAAAAUAA